UUUUCUAUCAAAGUUGCCUCUUCUUUAAUCUUCAUGUUCUGUCUAUUCAAUACCUUUAGUUAUAUCCUCCGACAGAGAUCUAUUUAGCUUUAGAAUUCCUCUAAGUUAUUUUAAAUAAAUGUUAUAAUAUUCCUUCAGAGUCACACCACAAGUUGCCAAUGAGAUAUAGAAAAAGCUGUGCACCAGUGAGGAUUUGAACAGAUAUUUUGAUUCAUAAAUAUUGUGUAUGCAUUUGUUUAUUACCUAAAUUUUACUGGGAAUAAUAAAGCAUCACUCACAAAUAUAAGAAUCCUAGUUUUAUGCCUCGCAUUGGUUCAGAUUAAGCCAUUGCUGAUGAAGUUUGAAAUCCUUCCUCUUAUAGCAAGAAUAAUGGAAUCAGUGAUAGCUUUAACAAUAAUACCUAAGCUACUACACCAUUAUUCUCUAAAGAAUCAGAUGAUUAUUCACCUUAAAGAGGAGUCAAAUAAGUUGAAGGAUUCCUUCAGAAUUGUGCUAGAUAACCUACCUUAUGGGAUUAUCUUCUGAGAUAACAAGGAAGGAGUGAUGCACGUCAAUAAGUUCUGGGUUCAGAAUCAGAACCGAUUUGAGUCUAAAAUUAAUAACCAACAUUCUGGAGGCCAAAGAGAACCGGAAUUUGAAAAUGGAAAGGUAGAGAUAGACCAAGAAAAUUGUGCUAAGACAUAUGAUAUGCUGAAAAGAUUCAGGUCUAAGUUAAACCCAACACUUACUCUGAACGACUUGGUUAUGCAACUUAAGAAUGAUGCAAACAAGGCUGAUGAUAAAAUAUUUGACAUUGAAGAUAGCUUAUUUAACAAUAGUUUUGAUUUCAGUGGGAACAAUGAGAUUAUUACUGACCUCACAGAAGAGGAUUGGGGAUGAAGUAUGGAUAAAGUCAAAGAGCUAACAGUGACAUGAGAUUUGUUCAAUCCACCAAAAGAAUUCACUUGUUUCAUCACCUCCUGUCCUUUCCUUACUAAGAACAAAGUGAUGGUAGUGUUCAGCGACAUUAGUGAAAGAGUUCAAUUUAAGAUUUCAAAAAUGUCUGAGAGAAUAAAGACAGUAAUGUUCCGAUCAAUCUCUCAUGAGCUUAGAUCUCCUCUAAAUCAUAUAUCAGGGAUGUUAUCCCUCCUGAAAUCCAAGUUAAUCACUGAAGAACAGAAAAGCUUGAUUUGAAUUGCUGAGUGCUCUACUGAAUUACUCAAAAUGAAGAUUGAUGAUAUCCUCGAUUUUUAUGAGAUAGAAUCAGGAAGCUUCAUUGUGAAGAAAGACCAAUUCGACGUCAGAGCUCAAUGUAGAGAGUUAGAAUCUGUAUUUCUACCUCUCAUGAACACACAGAAAAUAAAACUGUUAUUUUAUGUAAACGAGUGUAUCCCUGAGUUAAUAGUUCAUGAUGCAAGAAGGAUCCAUAAAAUACUUGUCAACCUCAUUGGGAACUCUAUCAAAUACACUCGAUCAGGAGCGAUAGUCGUCACUAUUGAUUGAAAAGAGAAUAAGAGCAUAGAUAAGUCUUGGAAAUACAGAAUAAAAUACUGAGUUAGUGAUACAGGAAGAGGUAUCAGCAAGAAUAAGCAUGAUCUAUUCAGCUUUCUCAACCCUGAUGGCAUCAAUAUGUCUUCUAGUAGUCAAGAUGACACAACAACUCUUGGAGGCACUGGCCUUGCAAUCACUCAGAAAAUUGCUGACCAAAUAGGUACAAGAGUUGAAUUUGAAUCUAGAGUAAAAGUUGGAUCCUCAUUCUGGUUUACAGUCGAUAUUUCAGAAAUUUACGGUAUAAAAAUAGAGAACUCCAAAAAUGUUAAAGAGCCUAUUCUGCCUAGAGAGAGCUUGAACCUUGCUCAUAAAGUGUUGAAAUCCAUAGAAGAGAACAAAGAGGAUAAUCCUCUUCCUUUCAUCAUCGAGCAGUCACUAUUUGUUGAGGAAAAGGUUGGGUCUAAGUUCAUAAAUAUUAAAUCAGGGCGAAGUGCUUUAAACGUGCUUAGUUUUAGUUCAAACAGUAUUUCUGAUUCUGAAGAUAGUGAGAUUAGCGAAGAAAGCAAACAUAUGAAGAAAUCUUCAGUCAACAAAAGUUCUAAUUUGGUCAUCAAAGUUGUGAAAGCUGACAAAAUUAAAGAGAAUUUUUGAGAAAGUGAAAGCUCUUUGCCUAAUGAAGAAGGAGGCUGAGUUCACAAAAUUCCUAAUUUCCUUAAAUCAGCCACUAUUCAUGAGAGAGAAUUUAGGAAAUUUGAAAAUAUUAGUGCUAGAAGAGAAAUAAUUGAGGAGAGAAAAGAAGAUAAAAUAAACUCUAACCUUAGUAUUCAACUAGAUAAUGAUUCUAUAUCUGAAGGAUACUCUAAAGGAGAAAUUUCAUUAAUGCACAAACUGAACUCUCUAAAACUUGAAAUGAUGGACCAAAAUAUUCACACAUUAUCUUGUCCACAAAAUAAAGCAUCGAACGUACUGUUCCCUAUUACAAAGCCUCAUAACAGGCCUUCAAAAUUCAUGAAUAAAUCUCCUGAUUACAUUGACAAGGAAUCCAUGAUGAAAAGAAGUAAAGGAAAGAAGGCUUUCUCAAAAGAGGAAUCCAGUCUAAUGGUCAACAAACUGGGAUUAGGUAACCUUGCUAGUAUAAGAAGAGAGCGAGCUAAGUCAAGGACAGAUCUUAGAGGAAUUGUUAAGUUCGCAGAGGUCAUCGAUACUGAAAACCCCAUUAUAUCUCCUAUGUACAAAAGAUCUUGUCAAUGCCCAGGGAUUUUAAUAGUUGAUGACCAGUAUAUUAACAGAUAUAUUAUUGUCCAGUAUGCUCAAAAGUAUGACAUUCCAUGAGACGAAGCUGAAGAUGGACAAGAAGCAGUUGAAAUGGCACUACAAGCAGGCAAGAAGAAUUGUUGCAAAGGCUAUGCUCUUAUUCUAAUGGACCUUAAUAUGCCAGUAAUGGGAGGAAUCGAAGCAUCUAAGAGACUGAUCAAACAUAAAUUGUGAACUGAAGUCUUACCGCAUUGAAAAAUUAUAGCAGUUACUGCUUUUGUAUCGGAAUUAGAAAGGGAACGAUGUCUUCAAAGCGGAAUGAAUGAUUUCAUACCAAAACCCUUCAAACUUAUAGACUUCUUAAGACUUGUAAUUGUCUAAAGAAUAUAUUCACCUUGUACAUGAAACAGAAAAUAUUUGGUAAAACUUGCCAAC